AUGAGUCAGUCCGCCCGCGGGCCAAUCCAGGCCGCCUCAGCGUCGUCCUCGACCACGCCACGGCCUGGAGGCAUGAACAGUAAAACACUUGGGACGUCGUCGACUGCAGUAUCUCCUGCUUCCUACCAACACGCACCUGCCUCCACAGCCGACGACUUGCAGUCGGUGUUUGCGAAAUAUGACAAGGCGAACGACGGCACUGUUCUGCUCGACGAAAUACCGAAUCUGCUCGUGGAUUUAGGCCGGGAUGUGACGAAAGCGCACGAGGUGGUGAAAUAUCUGAAGGAAGUGCAGGGAGGAGGUCCUGUGAGCAGCGCGACAAUAGGAAAUGCAAGUAGUUGUAACCCCUAUCCGGCGUCCAGCAUGAUCUCCCCCAAUACAAAGUCGUCCUCCAGUACCUCACCAGUUAGACACACGGAGAACGAAACUCUUGCCGGCACCAAAGCCGGGUUUGAGGAUGUGAUCGCGGCUUUAAAAAACGUGGAGCAAAAAGGCGGAUUCGAGAAAAUCACCACGCCGCUGGCAUUGAUGCGGAGGUUAGAGCAGUACCGGAAACAGUGCGAACUGAAGGGGGAUUAUGGGGAAGCAAGAAAAGCGAGAACAAAAUACGACGAAUUAAGGUACUACUUUUUGCAGUGCUGUGUGACGAGUGGGCAGUGUGCAGUCGGGGAUUUUUGUCACUAUCCAAAGAAUGACAUUUUCUUCUCUUGAAUUUGUAUUAUUGUACUGCGCAGCAUUUUUACAACAUGGACGUUCAUCGACAUUAUUUCUCAGGUUUAAGGAAACGGUGCGGCAGCGGCGGUUGAUCGAGCAGGCCCAGGUCCACGAAAUGAGUGAGGUAGAGGCGGCACAGAAACAGCAGCUAAUGGAGUUCUCAGCGGCAUGGGAUAGGUACUUUCUUAAUAUUUCAGGUUCUCGUGGUCCUUUGAGACUUUGGAAUACUACUCCUAUCGCAAGAAAAAUAUGUAGUUUUUGUCCGGGGGACGCGAAAAAUAUAGACGAAAGUAAGUACUAGAAAUUUGCUUCCUGCAUGUGCUGUCACUGUCAUCCUACCUCGAUCACCAACCUUGUGCUCAGGUACAUGGCCGACUACGAAUCCACCGCUUACAUGUCACUGGAAAAGCUGAAGGAGCAGCAUGCCCAGCAGUUUGGGCAGUUGACAGAAAACAUGGAGACCCAGCCGCGCGUGUGCAAGUUUUCGCCGGAUUUACUGGAACUGCGGAGGAGACAGAAGGCGCUGGGAAAGCAAGGGCAGUACGAAGAGGCCGCGAAAGUUAAGGACCAGGCCGAUAGACUGGAGAAAUGGGAGAUAGCGAAGUAUCAGUUUUUGAUUGACACUGUGAUUUUUCGUAUUUUUGUACGUUGAUGAAGCUCGUCGUCCUGAGGUUCAUUCUUGGAGACGCUGGUGGCGAGCAGCUUUUUUUGGUGCGCGGCGCGCCGUUCUUUAAGUAUACCACCAUGAUAAAAAAAACCAACAGGUACGCCUCGCAAUCCGUAGACCAGGUGCAGAGGCUAGAGCAGCGCCUCCGGGCCCAGCAGAACAAGGCGUUGAAUGCCCUCCUGAAGCGGAUCCAGCGGGACCGCGCGGAGCAGCUCCGGCAAAGAGGAAUAGACAGUCGAAGGCUGUGUCAGCGGAAUAAGAAUUUGCGGAUGGACCUGGAAAAGAAGCAGCAUUUUGAGUUCAUCCGGGCCGACGCAGCGAUCAAAGCGAUCUUAGGGAACGCCGAACAAGCAGAAAAAUUGCUGCAGGCACAGGAUAGUGCGUUUUUGGAGAAGAUAGGCAUCGUGAAUGGGAAAUUGAUGGAGUGAUAGUACUUAAGUAGAUAGUAGUGCACGUUUUUCCCUGAUGUUGUUGUGAAACUGAGGUUAUCUGCCUUUGCACAACGUCAAAGAGCUGCCUACAGAAUGCAAUCGAAUCUUCAAAAUUCGAGAAUGAAAACGUCUAUGCUGAACACGCUUUGAAGUCGUGUCGCUUCUGCUACACUUGUUAAAUCUGAAAACAUUCAAAACUACACUUAUAUAUCAUUAUCUACUUUUUGCAAAAGGGUUGUCUCGAUUGUCAGUGAAAUAGGCACAUUCUGAGUGGAUCAGGAGGAACAGCUGAAUCUCACACAAACGCAAAGUCCCUGUACAGGUUUGAUUGUAAAAAUCAUACAGAACUACAACAAUAGGCGCAAAAAUUAAG